UCGGCGUUGUGUUGUCAGGGAUACAUUUUCACAUUCUUUUCCAAAAUGCCUGUUACUUUAAGAGCAAAAUGUCUCAUAGUCGGGGAUUCGGCUGUCGGUAAGAGUGCGUUGACCCAGGUCUUUCACAGCGAUGGUGCACAUUUUCCAAAGGGUUAUUCAAUGACGGUUGGAGUAGAACUGUGUGUCAAGAACAUCAGUAUUCCAGACACAAAUGACACAGUGGAGCUGUAUAUCUACGAUACGGCAGGCAAAGAGACGUACUCUGAUUACGCACAGCAAGCAUGGGAACACCCCUCUGUCAUGAUGGUGGUGAUGGAUGUGACGAAUGAGAACAGUUUCAUGGCUUGCAAUCGCUGGGUGGAACGAGUCAAGGCCAAAGCCGGACAACACAUUCCAGGUGUAUUUGUAGCCAACAAGACGGACCUUGAAGGACGCAGGGUCGUGGAGAGGAACAAGGCUGAAGAGUUUGCCAAGGGCAAAGGACUGGAGUACUUUGAGUGUUCUGCUAAGGAGCAAAACAACACCGAUGCACCAUUCUACUACCUGGCUAAUGCGUACUACAAGCUGUACCAAGAGAGAGUGGAAGUGAUGAAGACGAUAGCAUCGUGAUAGAGCUGCCUUUUCAUCCUAAAAUUACUAUCAAGUCUUGUAGAUAUAUAUUAUUUGUAAAUAUUGUGACUGAUUCAUGUGUAGUGACAGCAUAUUUCUUCUUCAUAGUAGUGUAACUCAGAUUAUUUGUAAUCCUUUAUGACUUGUUAUUGAGUGUAGCAGGGUUGGCAUAUUUCUUAAUCAAUUAUUAAUCCUGAUUUAAUUCGGCGUGAGAAUGCAAUUAAUCAAGAAUCAUGAUUGGAUGGGUUAUACUGGUGCUGGAAAGUCAAGUGUUUUGAACAUGGGAAGUUUUGCAGCUUUGGCAUGCUACUGAUGUCCUUUGGGAAGACUUGCAUCUACCGUUGCCACUCUCGAUCCAGGUGCAGUGAAUGGCUAACUUGUAAGAGGUAUCCCUUGUAAUGAAAUAUUAUGCACAGUGGCAGCAAGAGCUGAAUCUAGGGUACCUUUUUCCAAACUGUAUCGAGACAGGGAUUUCAUGUUUUAUGCGCUGUACAACAAUUGAUUACUAUCAAUGCCUUCAUUGUUAAUCAAUGUCAUUAAACUGUUUUGACAAUUUAUCCUUUCAUUCUUUGCAGCAACUGUUUAUUAGAUGUAUGGUAUACUUCUAACGUAUAGUUCUUUUUAACAGUUUUCUGAGAUCCAAACUACCAUGUCAUUUUAAAACUUGAUGUGAUAUCCUGGCCGUAGAUAUUUUCCUGCAUGGGAAUCCAAACAAGAUUCUUUUGAUGACCUAGAUAGGUCACAUCAUACAUUUAUACCAAUCAGUGAUUUUCAGUCUCUGUAUAUACUAUAUUUGAAAGAUAGUGCAACUUUCUUUGUUAGAAUCAGUGCGCAGCUUUAUGCAUUGUAAUACAUGAAAUUGUACUCGUGCAAAAUCCUAAAUCUAUUGGAUGCAACUUUCCUGAAAUGAAGCAAUGGGAGUGGAACACAUACUGGAAAUCUUGUUUAGUACUAAAGUACCUGUUUCAAAAACAUGUCUAUAUUAGUAACACGUUCCAGGCUAAAUUUGAAUCAUAUUUUAAUGAGAUGGCUGAAAAGUGUGAUCAUUCAAUGACUGUUUAUGAAUAAGCCCCUUUUAUUGAGCUUUUCCCAAAAAUAGAAGUUUGCAAUGCAUACACCAGAUGUGUUUUCUAAACCAUGAUAAUUGUUUUGCUUGUAUAGAAUGUAGUUCAAUUACAUGUAUAUGUAUGUACAUAUUUGUGUGAAUAUUAUGUAGAUGUUAUCAUUGUAAAAUAAAAAGUUUAAAUCCUCAUACUUCAGAUAUUAAAUAGCAAAAUUCAGACCAAA